CCUAAUUGCAAAACCCUCACCAAACGUUCCUCAGCACCACGUCGCGGUCGUCCUUUGGGAGGGCGGACAAGUUAACCCCGCCACGCAGGGCUUCGUGAGGGCAUCAUAUCUACAAUGCCGCCUCAUAAGAAAGUAUACAGUGCGCCGCAGGCUGACGACAAGACCUUCGCAACGCAGCAAGAGUUUCUCGACAGUCUGGUUCCUGUUCCGGUGGAGUCGGUGGAUGGUAACAGCCGGAAGUGUGCUCAUUGCUGGAGGCCGUAUGGCGAGUCGAACCCCGGUGAGGAUGACGCUGAAGCGCCCGUACGAUUCAGAUGCAAUCAUGUGUUCGGCGAACAAUGUAUGCGAUCGCUCUUUGCUGUGCGGGACCCAGUCCGAGUUGAUCUGAAGCCUCUAUCGUUCGCGCCGGGCUCGAAAGGUGCAGAUCUGGGCAGCCGGCUCAGUGCCUACGUCGAGUCCCAUGGCGUCGAGAAGAGCGCCUUACUAAGUGGUGGCAAUCGCGCGACGGAUUUCGCGCGACUUAUUCGUGAAGUCAUGCCCACGGUGCAGACGCUGACUUGCCCCACCGUAUUGGGCCCGGGCUUCGAUCUCUUGGGCAAAGAAUGGAUGGUACUUGUAUUCCAGAUGUUCAGUCAAUCUGACAGCCUUUUGGAUAAGAUUGAGCUCAUGGAGAAUGCAAUAAUAGUGAACAGCGACUCCGCCAAGCAUCAAAUGUACACAUUCCCCCCCGGUAACAUCAUGAUCGCACCGCCGAUAUCUGUGUCAUCUCCCUAUAGCACGGUCAUGCCCUCCGAGCCUGGAGAGGCGCUCUCACAGGCGACGCCACAAAUGAAUCAUAUAUCACCGCCACACCUGACUUGGGCACAAGAAGAACAGAAAACCAAAAAGAAACAAGAGACAGCCUCUACCACCUCGACCACUUGGAAAGACGCCUUGUUCAGCAAAUCAAAGCUGGAAAUCCCGGUACAAAAGCAUAAGGAGCUGCAGGAACAGGAGGAGCUGCUGCAGGAGAAAUCAGAAAGCGCUACAGCUGAUGAAGAGGCUGUCCAUAGCUAUGGUAGUCCUGUCAUUCCCCCAACCAUGACACAGAUUGCGCCGUAUCUGUUCGCCGACCCGCUUGCUGCAGCGCGAGAUCAACAUACCGAGUUGCAGGAGCACACCAAGGUGUUCGUGAAGCAUUUGUCCCAGUCUUUCGCCAAGGUUUACGAAGCAUAUGAGAGGAAUCAAUACGAACAAGGUGUGGCCGCUGGUUUCCAACCUCCAGUGAAGAAACUUAAACUUGCGGGCCUGAACAAAACCUCGUCAGCGUCGCCCGAGACUGAGUUCGAUGACAUCUAUUAUCACAGAGUCCGCCAUUCCGUCUUCGUCCUGACGGCCAUCGCCCACAGGUAUUCACUCAGUGAGAGGGGACUCGAGGUUAAUCAACCUUAUUCUUACGAGUUUCACGCUACAGAGGAGACAGAUGAGGAAAAUAUCGAGGACGACGGAUUCGUGGACGCGGAGCGAGCACCGGCAGUCGUCGCGCAGAAGACUGUUCUGGUGAAGCGAAAGAUUUGUAGAAAUUGCUGCGCUGAGCCUACGCCCUAUGUGCAAUCUCUCGCAACGCCAGAGUACGUGUUCUGGCCAGACAACAAGAAGAUUCCGGACAACUGCCCUAAGUGUCGUCGAAUUCUUUUUAAUAAGAAGGAUGACUAGGUGCGAGCUUUUCAGGAGUGGGGUGGUUAUUCAGCUUGCGUCAGACACUGUUUAGUCCUGUCGCAAUAGUAGUAUAAUUUCCACGAAAAGGAUGACUGAAUGAUUAUCACGAUUGGGUAUCUGGCGUUCGAGCAUGGUAAACGUUUCCAGGUUGGAAGUCACAAAUCAGUAUAGGCAGCGC